AUGGCCGAAUCAAACACUCCAGAAGAGAAAUUAAAAAAUCAAACACCAACUUUACAAUAUACAUUAUUUGCUGAUGAUUAUUACAAUGAAGAGUUACUAUAUCCAAAUGAAAAGUUAGGAAUACUGAAGAAAAAAUUAGAAAUCGUAAGAUCAAGAGUGGAUGUGAGUGAUAAAUUAAAAAAAAACCUCUCCCCCUUAAGGCGACCUAUGAAUAAUGCACCUUUGCAUGAAGUAUACAAAAAUGUUAUUAAUAAGGACUCGUUUUCCAUUUUAGCCUCGAUUUUAGAUAAAGAAAAUAACAUUAAUAGUAUAUCAUCGAAUGAAAAUCAGAAUAUCAAGUCGACAGAAAACGAUAUAAAAUCUGUUAGAAAUGAUAACGCAGAUAUACAAAAAUUCAAUAAACCGUCAAAUAUUGAGAAAACUAAUCAAAUUGACUCCCAAGAAAUUAAUAAAAAUGCUAAAAAGUCUUCGAAUGUUAAACAAGAUGUUAUAAAAAAAAUAAAAAUUACUUCAACUAAAAAUACACAAUCAUUGAAGAAGAAAACUAAUCAACGUAAUAAAAUUGUGUCUAUAGAUAAAACCAAAUAACAAAAAUAUAUGUAGAUAGUUUUAACCUAAAAAUUAUAAAACUGAUUC